AAACGUGAGAGUUAGAGGCGAAAGAGAUAAAAGAACUUCCAAAGCAAAAAUGGCGACCAUUAAGGUUUCUUCCUCUAUUCCUUCUCCCUCUGAAGAUGCUGAGCAACUGAAAAGCGCCUUUGAAGGAUGGGGUACCAACGAGGACUUGAUCAUAUCAAUCUUGGCUCACAGAAGUGCUGAACAGAGGAAGCUGAUCAGGCAAGCAUACCAUGACUCCGUUGGAGAAGAUCUUCUCAAGAGUCUUGAGAAGGAACUUACAAACGACUUUGAGAGAUCCAUCUUGCUCUGGACUCUUGAAGGGGGUGAACGUGAUGCUUUGUUGGUUAAUGAAGCUACCAAAAGAUGGACUUCAAGCAACCAAGUGAUUAUGGAAAUAGCUUGCACUAGGACAUCUACUCAGCUGCUUCACGCUAGGCAAGCUUACCAUGCUCGCUUCAAGAAGUCUAUGGAAGAGGAUGUCGCUCACCACACCACCGGUGACUUCAGAAAGCUUUUGGUUUCUCUUGUUAGCUCGUACAGGUACGAAGGGGACGAGGUGAACAUGACAUUGGCUAAGCAAGAGGCUAAGCUGAUCUAUGAGAAAAUCAAGGACAAGCAGUACAACGAUGAAGAUGUGAUUAGGAUUUUGUCCACUAGGAGCAAAGCACAGAUCAAUGCUACCUUCAAUCGCUACCAAGAUAAUCACGGCGAGGAAAUCCUCAAGAGCCUUGAGGAAGUAGAUGAGGACGACAAGUUCCUCGGACUGUUGAGGUCAACCAUUCAGUGCUUGACACGACCAGAGCUUUACUUUGUGGAGGUUCUUCGUUCAGCAAUCAACAAAACCGGAACAGACGAAGGAGCUCUCACUAGAAUUGUGACCACAAGAGCUGAGGUUGACUUGAAGGUCAUCGGAGAAGAGUUCCAGAGAAGAAACAGCAUUCCAUUGGAGAAAGCCAUUACCAAAGACACUCGUGGAGACUACGAGAAGAUGCUCGUCGCACUUCUCGGUGAAGAUGAUGCUUAAAUCAAACACAGUGGAACAAAAGCUUCUCUCUCUCUAUCUCUCUUUUCUUGAAACCGUUUGAUUAUGUGUCUUUGAAAACUUGUUUGUUUCUUUUCUUUCUGUUGUGUGUUUUGAGUUUCCAAAUAAUGAAUAAGAGAGAGAACUAGUAUGGUAUUAUUGAGUUAAAUAAAAGAGCAAUGGCUUUAAAAGUUGCUGUCACUACAAAGUCUACAAUAAGGAGACCGACAACACGAAAGAUCAGUGUCUAUAAAAUCUUAUCCGUUCUUAAAAUACCAAA